AUGACUCGUUGUGGACUUUGGCGCCUGACGGUUGGUUCCCUGGACGAGCUAGCCACGCUACGAAUAUUCCUUUCCAAGACUGCUUCGCUGGAGGGGGCGUCUCGACCCCUUACCCCCUUUCUCGACCGAACAGCGUCAUCUCGAGGCCGGUGCAGUGGCUGGCCGUUGCACCGAGUCAACGCUAUGGAAUCCACACCAUGUGCCAUACCCCGGCCCAAGGGCCGGAUCAAAUGCCUCGAUUUUAAAAGCUUAAGUAUCACCAUUAGAGAUCUUGUACGGUGCAUCCUCGAUACGCUUCCAUGA